AGAGAGGGGCGUGGUUAUAUGCUAUUCUUUCAUUGGUCCAGGCUCCCCAGGCACGCCCAGUUCGCUUGCAGGGGCGGAAGUCGCGCGGCUCUGGAAGCCCCUACAGCUUCGGAUAGCGCAUCCUCGGCCGCCGCCAUCAUGGUGCGGAAGCUGAAGUUCCACGAGCAGAAGUUGCUGAAACAGGUGGACUUCCUGAACUGGGAGGUCACCGACCACAACCUCCACGAACUGCGAGUGCUGCGGCGCUACGGGCUGCAGCGGCGCGAGGACUACACGCGGUACAACCAGCUGAGUCGGGCCGUGCGCGAGCUGGCGCGGCGCCUGCGCGACCUUCCAGAGCGCGACCCGUUCCGCGUGCGUGCCUCCGCCGCUCUGCUGAACAAGCUCUACGCUCUGGGCUUGGUGCCCACGCGCGGCUCGCUAGAGCUCUGCGAUUUCGUCACGGCCUCGUCCUUCUGCCGCCGCCGCCUGCCCACCGUGCUCCUUAAGCUGCGCAUGGCUCAGCAUCUCCAGGCUGCGGUGACAUUUGUGGAGCAGGGCCACGUGCGCGUGGGCCCGGACGUGGUAACUGACCCCGCCUUCCUUGUCACCCGCAGUAUGGAGGACUUUGUCACCUGGGUUGACUCGUCCAAGAUCAAGCGACACGUGCUGGAGUACAAUGAGGAGCGCGAUGACUUUGAUCUGGAUGCCUAGCGGAUCUUGCUGUCGCUCCAGCUGCCUCUUCCAGCCGGGAAACUGAGACCUGACGUUGGCGGUCUGAGAGUGCUCUCGACAGGCGUCACCCAGUUGCAGAUUAUCAGGAAGUUGGCUUUUCAACUGCAGGUCACAGCCGAGGUGGGGAGGGUCACUCCUGUUCUCCAGGAAAUUUUCUUAGAACUUGACUACUGGCAAUUAAAUGACAGUGCUUUGAGACCGUGGGAAGCUGUUUUGUUCCACCCUGGAGAUUGUCUGGUGGUACCAGAAGACUGCAGUGUAAAAGCAGGAACAUCACUCUCCUGUUCUUUAUCGUCUUGUAGCAGAACUAAUUUCUUCAAUUUAUUUAAUUCGAAUAUUUGCUUCUGAUCGUGAGUAAAAGCUGUGGAGAGUUUGGGCCCAAGUUUCAGGUUUCUCCCAUUUAAAGGAACACUUUCCACACCGGGCGUGCUGGUGCAUGCCUAUAAUCCCAGCACUCAGGAGGUUGAGGCAGGAGAAUCGCUGUGAAUUCGAGA